AGGAAAUUCAUUUUAAUCUUUUCUAUAUAGUGAGACAUAAGGUGGUUGGGCAAGGUUACGCUAAGCUUGUAUUUCUGGUCCGAUAGAGCAUACCGGAGCGAGCCAACGGAAGACCACAGACGAAACAGUCAAACUGGUAGCGCGCGGAGACAUCCUUUCUCUCACAGGUGCUUCACUCCUUCCUUCUACAAACCACCCCCCCUCUUUGGAGCAAGUUGGAAAUUGUAAGAAUUUCAAUCUCCUAGUGAUUAAACCCCGUUCUUUAUUGAUAUAAACAUAAAUUAUUAUUUAAAAACGAAAAAAAAUCGUUUUUAAAAGCCUUACAGAAUUGAUUUUCUUUCGUAGAUAAUACCUGGUUCGUCUUUAACUUCUUCUCUUUUACUUCUUUACGUCUUUAUUUGAUACAAUGUCGAACGCACCUGUCCCUUCAGUUCCUCAAAAGAAGACUGUUCAACUCUUUACACCUGAGUACUAUGGUCUUUGUACUUUGGGUGGUCUCUUGGCCUGUGGUCUUACCCACACAGCCAUUACUCCCUUGGACGUGGUGAAAUGCCGUAGACAAGUGAAUCCCAACAUUUAUUCCAGCAACAUGGCUGGCUUACGCUCUAUCUUCGGUAAGGAAGGUAUUCGUGGUCUGUUUACCGGUGGUGUUCCAACUUUAGUCGGUUACUCUCUUCAAGGAUGUGGUAAAUACGGUUUCUAUGAAAUCUUCAAACACCAAUACUCUAAGAUUGUCGGUUCCGAGAACGCUCACAAUUACCGUACCAGUGUCUACUUAGCUGCUUCUGCUUCCGCUGAAUUGUUGGCUGAUGUUAUGUUGUGCCCUAUGGAAGCUCUCAAGGUUCGUAUCCAAACUACUUCUCCUCGUUUUGCCAACACUACUCGUGAGGCUUGGACUAAGGUUGUUGCUAAUGAAGGUUUCGGUACUCUCUACCGCGGACUUACUCCUUUGUGGUUCCGUCAAAUUCCUUACACCAUGAUGAAGUUUGCCUCUUUUGAACGUAUUGUCGAAAGCUUGUACAGUUACAUUGGUAAGCCCAAGAACAUGUACAGCAAGAGUGAAAAGAUCGGUAUCUCCUUUGCUGGUGGUUAUAUGGCUGGUGUUCUUUGCGCUAUCAUUAGCCACCCCGCUGAUACUAUGGUUUCUAAGCUUAACUCUUCCAAGCAAGCUGGUGAGGGAGUCGGUGCUGCUGCUUCUCGUAUCUACCGCAAUAUUGGAUUUGGUGGUUUGUGGAACGGUCUUACUGUUCGUAUUUUCAUGAUUGGUACUUUGACUGGUGCUCAAUGGCUCAUCUAUGACUCUUUCAAGAUUGCUUGUGGCUUCCCUGCUACUGGUGCUUAAGUUUGUUUUAAUUAAUUUUAUUCAUCGUUCAACAGCAAUUGAGUAGCUCUUGCUUUUCUGUUAUUCCUCCCCACUUUUAGUAAAUAGUUCUCGUUAGUUUACUAUUUUAGCUAUUAGACAACAUUGUCUUUCAAAGCCUUUUACUCAAUAUAAAAAUCAUUUCCUUUUAUGCUAUAAUGGACAUCUCUAGGAAAGUAGCAAGCUCCAGUUAUCCUAAGUCUGAGUGUCGCUGACCUUUUCUUGAGUUUAACCGCAAAGAUGCAUUCCAUUGUCCAAAUUGAUGACCAAAAAGUUGGGCUGUUCUGGGAAUCGAACCCAGGACCACCAUCACCCUAAGAUGGUAUCAUACCACUAGACCAAACGGCCGCGCUGUGCUUUAGAUAUAAUAAAGUUUAUAUAAGAGAUAUUAAAUAAAUUGUGGUACAUUGUAAUGUCUCGGAG